AUGAACAGUUUAACGCCAGCUGCACGUACCAUUCGCAAUAUCCUCAAUCAACUCAAAGUCAACUGUUCACUUUGUGGACAGAGUAAUUUAGAACGUGGUGAAUUCGAUCAACAUAUAACUACACAUCGUCCUGACAGAAAUCAACAAGGAAGUAAUCGAAGCACAGCAAAUCAUCCUCCAUCAACCGGUCGACAGAGCAAUGACUUAUCGAGCUCUUUAUUCAUUAUUUUUGUAGUCUUCAUAUUCUUUGUCAUUAUGAUGUUUCGAUCUUCCAAAGAUUCGUCGCCCUCAAAGAACGACAAAACAGGAAAUGCAUUGGAUAAUUCUGCAAUUGCAACGCCCAUUUCAUGUACAAGUAUUCAGCAAUGUCCUUCACGAAAUAAUCCAUUUGAGAGUUCAUAUCUUCUCUCAUCUGAAAAUCAAAUCUAUUUGAAUUAUUUCUAUAAUGACUCUGCUUCUCGUCUUGCAAGUUGGAAACUCAUCUAUAGAGGAUCAACACAUGGUUUAAAUGCAUCAGCGUUNUCAGCUGCAUCGGAUAUAUUUUAUCGCUCCACAACUUUUGCGACAUAUAUUCUUGCUUUUGCUUCGACGUUCUCAUUUGUAGCUAAAUGA